GCGCACAUGCAGCAAGUGCGGGUUUCAAGUUUACUUGUGGGUAUUGGAUAUUACAUACAUCCAUAGUCGAACACAGCUGGCAGGGCUAGAGAAAAGAGGGACUGCGAAAACAACAAGGCUGACGCCAUCAGAGCACAUAUCCACGAUCGAUAAAACCCGGAGACGCGAUACGAGUACGGAUCAACGUUAAAAUAUAGAGCUAGAGAAUAUUAUUUAGUGAGGAGUUUAAAAUCACACAUGAGAUAAAAAGUAGACUUGAACACGUGUUGUACAUCAAGUAGUCCAGAGACGGUUCUGUAAUAAAUAAUAGUGAGAAGAGUGGGGGAAAUAAUUGUGAGUUGAGUGUAAUAACACAGUGUACAUUUGAAUUAUAUUAUCUGAGGUAUAUUUAAAUAUGGAUGGCAAUUAAAGGUAGAAAUAGCGGGAGGAUCAUUAGAGGUUGAUUAGCGCCAUGUCUCGUGAUGGACCAAUCAGCUGCUUGGUGAACCAGCGUGAAAUAACGAAUCUGUCCAUAGACGAAUGACAACAAAAGAGAUUGAUAGUGCUGUGAGAUCAAGUGAGUGAGAAGGACACAUUGGUAACAGACAUUAAUUAUUUAUAUAUCGGAAAAGUGUUAAAGAAAGAGGACUGUUGAGGAUAUUGUAUAAUAAGAAGACCAACAUCCAACGCACUGUAUUUUAUUGGUGAACGUCGUGCUGGUAGUUUGUUAAAGUGUGUUGAGGAAUAUGAAGAGAAGAAAUGCCGAGUGCGGCAAGCUCCGGAGGCCCUUGAAACGCAACAAGAUCACCGAAGGAAUUUACGGAAGCACACUGCUGUACCUAAAAUUUCUGUUACUAUGGGCCAUGGUGAUUUUUGCGGACUUCAUAUUAGAGUUUCGAUUUGAAUUUUUGUGGCCAUUCUGGCUCCUACUCAGAAGUGUUUACGAUUCUUUUAAAUACCAAGGCUUGGCAUUCUCAGUUUUUUUUAUUUGCAUCGCUCUGACAUCAGAUAUGAUUUGUUUUUUCUUCAUACCUGUUCACUGGCUGUUUUUUGCUGCCAGUACAUACGUUUGGGUGCAAUACGUGUGGCACACAGAUAAAGGAGUGUGUCUACCAACUGUGAUGUUGUGGCUGUUGUUUCUCUACAUAGAAGCUGCAGUGCGGUUGCGUGAUCUACGCCACAUGCCCUUUCAUCUUGAUCUUUGUAGGCCUUUUGCAGCACACUGCAUUGGCUAUCCUGUUGUUACACUGGGUUUUGGUUUCAAAAGCUACGUCGGUUAUAGAAUGAGACAGAGAAAGCAAAAAGAUGUGGCGAAAGAAAAUGAAUUUUAUAUACAGUUAUUACAGCAAGCAUUGCCUGCAGAGCAACAAGCCGUGUCAACACAACAACUACAAUCACAAUUACAAUCACAAAUCAUAACGACAGAAACAAAUUCAAAAUCACAGCCACACAGGCCAAACACGCAAUAUAAUCCCAGUCCAGAAAAAAGUAGAGGGAAUGGUGCGUCUACAGACACAAGUGUACAUAAUGGUAGUGUAUCAAAUGACGCACACGCAUCUCAAGCACAAAAUAUAUCAACUAAAAAUAAUCACAGAAAAUCAUUUGAUAAAAGUGAUAAAAUAGAUGAUCAUAAACAUAAUUCAAGUAAUUCCUCACAAUCAGAUAAAAACGACAAAAGGUUUGCCCACAGUAAUGGUACAACGGUAUCACAUAACAAUGAUAUACAUUUUAUUGAACGGAUAAAUUCCGUUAAUGAUUUUGACGCAAAUGAAGUGGAAAAAGAUAAAACCGUUAAAGGUAGUGGUAAUACAUCACACAAUAAUAAUUCGAUGAAAACACAAUCGAACGGUUCAACAGCGGGCAAAUGGAACAAUAAUAGUAAUAAUAAUAACAAUAAUAAUAGUAAUAAUAAUAGUAGUAAUAAUAAUAAUAACAAUAAUGUUAAAGAAAAUCGUGACUCGACGACAACGACGACAGCAGUGCAACACAAUCAGCGGGAACGUAAAGGUCGUCAGAGUAAAAAUAUUAUUUCUGAUACAACAAUAAGUGAUCAUCAAAAACAACAAGACGAAUAUUGCCAGAGGUUAAUUAUUUGUCGCAAACUAGAGUCUGAUGUAAAACGUUUAAAGUCGGAUUUACAGUCAAGUCGACAGAGUGAACAAGAUUUACGUUCGCAAAUAAAUAUUCUGCUCACUGGAGAGCGACAAGCCAAAGGUGAUAUGCAGCAGCUGCAACAUGAUAAUGAUCAAUUGCAGAAUAAACUUCAGGGGCUGGUUACGGCUCGUCAAUUAGAUAAACAAACGAUGUCGUCGUUGGAAAGACGGAUUGCUGAAGAACGUCGACAACGUACAGCGUGUGAAGCAUCGUUGGUGUCUGAAAGACGAGCUCGUCGUGUAGCUGAAGAGGCUAGAUCUGCGAUUCCACCGCCUCCGCCGCCGCUUGUACGCCAGGAGUGUACAGAUGCGUGUAAAACUCGCCGGGCACAAAUGGAGCAGGAUCUCAAAAAUUUAAGACGUGAAUUAAAGACGAAGGAAGAGAGAUUCUUGUCAUUGGAAAAAGAAGUAACGCAUUGUAAAGAUAAUCAUGGGGAAACCGAAAUUCUUCUCAGUGCGCUAAAUGCUCUACAAGAAAAGAACACUCACCUGGAAAAUAGUUUGAGCGCAGAAACACGAAUAAAACUUGAUCUAUUUUCAGCGCUCGGUGAAGCUAAACGUCAGCUUGAAAUUAGAGAAAGUAUGAUGAGGUCACAUGAAAAAGAAAUGGAAAUUUUAAAAGCAAAAAUUGCCCAAGAUCUUGCAGUGAUGCCGCAAGACACAUUCAAUCCAGCACCCAGCAAUACAACGUCAAAGUUACGACUUAACAAUGAUGUACGCGUUGGUGGUUCGAAAAUACGUAGCACCGAAAGUCCAUGUCCAGGAUGUACUGUGUCUAAUCUUGAUCCUAAUGCAACGGCUUACACACCUAAAGGUUCUCUUGUUGCCUCCACCGAGGCUUAAAUUACUUUACUUAUUUUUUUUCGCAAUUGUGACACCGGGCGCAACAAAAAUGUAAGCAUAUUUCGUUUUUUGUUUGUUAAUUAUUGCUAUUAUUUUUUUUUUAUUUUUAGUUCUUAUCCGAGAUAAGACUUGUAAUGAAAUAUCAUAUACUUUAUUUAAUUAAUUUUUUAUAAAAUUGUAAAAAAGAAAAAAAAUUAUUUUGGAAUUAUCACAUCAUUUUCGGCGAGGAAAUUUAUGUUAAUUGGACACUUUUAUUUUUAUUUUAAAUACUAAGUUGUUUAUUAGAAAAAUUUAAUUACAUUGACGUUAUUAUUUUUUAUUUUAUAAUUUUGUUUUUUUUCAAAUAUUUAAAAUAAUGUGAUUAUUUUUCUAAAAUUUAUUACUUUUGUUUAUUAAAAACAAUAAUUAAUAAAAAAAAAUUAUAAAAUAGUGUUACAAAAUGUCCAAUUAAUAUAAUGGGUUAACACAAGCGUUUGAAAAAAAGAAAUAAUAAAUUAUCGGCAUAAAAAUAAUUAAUAAAAGUCGUAUUUCGUAUUCCGAAGCUAGUCCAUCAUACAAAGUGUACUGAAUGUCAUAACAAAUACAAGCUGUUCGCACUUCCAGCAAUAAAUUACCCACAAAUUGACAAGAUAAAGAUUUUUAAAAAUUAUCAUCAUUAUCGUGACAAUUUACAUCUGUAGUAAUUUUAUUUUAGUUAUCAUUCACAUCACGACUUUAUUCUUAAACGCAUUUAUUAAUAAAACAUUUUUUUCUCAGUUCAUUAUCAUUUAUCAGUCUAAGGUUGUAUUGUCAUUUAAAGAUGAGUUGAUAUAAUUUACAUAUUUGAAUUUUUAAUUCAUCAAUUAGUUAUUAAUUGAAAAUAGAAAAAAUAAAUAAAUAAUUGCCAAGUCAGUGAUAAUUAGAACCAUACAUGCGUUCCAUAUCUGUAUAUAUAAAGCAUUGUCAUGACAAUUAGUCAAUCAUACAUUUUUUUUCUUUAAGGGCAGUAUCAGACAGUUCCCCCCUUUUUUUAAAUUUUUAAUGAUUUAUCAUAGCCCUAUUGAAAUUUAUGAUACUGAAAUUAGCUGAGGUCUAAUAAUUUUUGAAUUUUUUUCAAAAUGAUGAAUUAUAAGAAAAAGAAAAUAUUUCAAAAAUUACACAUGUAGUUUUUUUAAUUUUCUAGAUGUGCAUUUUUUUUUUUAAUGUUUGGAAAAAUUUGAAAAUUAUUAAUCGCUAACUUCAGGAUCAUGAAAUUAUAUCAAUUAAUAAAAAAAACAAAAAAAUUAAAACCUUAAUUGAAAAAAAAAAAAAAAAUCGCUGAGAUGUAGAUUUGAAAAAAAUAUUGACAGUUAUUUUGCUGAAAUUUAUUUUCCAAAUUUCGAUUAACUCCCAAUUGAUGUCAACUGUCAGUAAUUUUUUUUUUUUAAUCUGUAUCUCAAUUAAUAAUGUUUCGAUUUUCUUUAACGAUGAAAAUAAAAAAAUAAAAAUAUGCACAUAUAGAAAAUUAAAAAAACUAUAGGUGCAAUUUUUGAAAUAUUUUCUUUUUUUAUAAUUUACCAUUUGGAAAAUAUUCAAAACUUAGUAGACCAGUUAAUUUCAGUAUCAUAAAUUUUGAUACGCUUAUGAAAGUUGUCAUUGAAAAUUUAAAAAAAGUAGAGGCACUGUCUGAAAAUGCACUUAAAAAAUCCUGCAUUGUGGCCGACUAGUCGAAAAUCUCGAAACAAUCCUAUGAGCACAAAUAAUAAUGAUAAUUACUAUCAUAAAAGCAGUAAAUUAAGUAAAAAUAAUUUAGAUUGAUACUUUUAAACUAAUUAUUCAAUUUAUUUCUUCCUGUAAUAUGUAUAUGCUUCCUUUUUUAAAGCUGCGGGUUUUUAUCCGGCCUUCGAUAUUCUGAUGUGGAAAUUUAAUUUAAUAAUUUGUGACUAAAUAUUAUUUUAUUAUUAAUUACUAUAAUUAUUUAAAUUUAGAGUAAUUGGUAUUUACAUAUAAUUUGAAGGACGAAAAUAAUAAUAAUCAUAACACUUAAAAAUUUAAUUUAAAAAUUGAUGAUAAAUUUAAAAAUUUAAUAAGCGAUCAUAAACGAUGUACCUGAUCGGGGAUGUGCUAGUAAUGGCUGUUUCAAUAAAUUAUUGUUACUUUAUUUUAUUUUUCGGCUUUGUUUAAAACUUGAAUGAAUCUGAAAGUUUAAAAUUAUAAAUUUUAUGUUUAAAUUUAAAAUUAUGUAUAUCUUUUGGUUGUGCGAAUAUACGAAAAUAUGUACGUAUAUUAUUUAAAAAAAUUGUUUAAAUAGCAAGGAAAAAAAAAGGAAUAUACACAAUUGUAUAUGAUGUGUGAUAUUGUUAUAAUAAUAGUAAAUCAUAAUAUCUUUAUCAUCUUGUAUAAUUAAUUUAAUUAUAAAGAAAAAUAAUAAUAAUACUGUUACUUACUAAAUUUCGUGCGUGAUAAAUACUUAAUAUAUUUUCAUUUAUUUAAAUUAAUUGGUUUAAGUGCCAAGCGCAAUAAAUUGCUAAUUUAACGAUAAAAAAUUUCUAGUAAAAUUCGUGAUUAUGUUAAUUAAUUAAAAUUUUAUGUUUUUAAUUACUUAUGUCAAAGACAAAAUUUAAUUUAUAUUUUUUCGUUAACUUGUCAUUAAAGAUUUAUAGUUUAUGCCCUUCUAAUCCCUGAUUAAGAAAUAUUUAGUCAUAAACUUUGAAUUCUAAUUUUGAAUAAUUUUUUUGAGAAGUUCAAAGUCACAAGUUGAUGAUCAAUUUAGGGAAAGUCGAAGUUAGUCAAUUUUUGAAAACACAAUAGUUUUUAAUCAGUAAAUAAAAGUAGAAUUUUCAAAUGAUUGAAAGAUGAGACGAUUUGAAAAUAUGAAAUUUUUUUCAAGUACUUUUAGAUACUUUUCAAUCACUUAAAUUAUUAAGUUCGAGUUUCAUUUUAGAGAGAUUCAGAAGAAUUAAAAUAUAAUAAAAUUUUUAAAUACGUGGAAAUUUUUUUAUUCGUAAUGAUACUGAAAUUUUGAUUCAUGGAGAGACAGAAUUAUUUAAAAGUAAUCAAUUUUACUGAAUACCAAAGUAGCACAUUUGGCUUUGUGACAUCUAUAAGAUGUCAAUUUUUUCGACCUAUCGAUAAGACACCAAAAUGUUGACAAAACAAUCAGAAAUUUGACACCAAAAAAUGUCUGCUUCAAAAACUUGACACAAAAAGCGACAGAAAUUAAAUUACAAAUUCUUGGCAAAUAUGUCAUCUAAAUGAUUUGUAAAUUGAAAUGACUCCUUUGAGAUGGAAAAAAAGUCUUAUUUAUAUAAAAAAAAUUUAUCUUGUCUUUUUAAAAGACAUCUUAAAGUUGUCUCUGUGCUACUUGGGUACUUCCAUAAAGUUUCCAAUCACUAAAAAAUUUUUUAAUCGCUUCAAAAACUUUAUAAUUUUUAUUGAGAACCCAAAGAUUUAAAAAUAUUCACAUUUUUUUUUCAAAUUUAAUCACUUUUCUUAAUCAGGGAUAUUUGUCAUUGAACAAACAGUUCGGCAUGUCAGUACAAGUUUUACUUCACUUUACCCCGUGAUCAUCACUGGAGUUGUUAUUCUCUAAUAAAAAAAUAUUAUUACAGUUCGUAUAAAUAAAUUCAACGCAUUGCAAUCAUUUGCUGUUAAUAAUUAACACAAUUAAUGAUUUAAACCCUCUCGGCUGUACUCCAAUUGAUAAAUCAAAUGGUCCAUAAAAUAAACAGAUUGAAAAAAAGAAAUUAAUUAAUGAAACUCAAGUAAUUUUUCUUUUUUUAAUAAAUAAUUAUUAAAAAUUUAAUCUAUUAUAAUAUUUAUUAAUUAAUUACAAGUAAAAUAUGUCUCAUUGCGUACUUAAUAAUAAAAACUAAAAAUUAGAUUUUAAAAUAAGUACACGUGUGUACAUGACGUUGCAUGACAAAACGGUUAAUUAAUUAUUUAAUUAAUCAAUUUGUCCCAGUAUUGAUCUCAAACUCGGUGGCUGGACACGCAAUUGGUCUUAAAUUAACCAUCGUAAUAAUUUUAUUGUACAACCUGUAUUUGAUAAUGUUUAAUGAUAAAACUGAGAACAUCAAAAAAAUUAAUCAUACAUAAUAAUAAUUAUUGUGACUACAGAUCUGUCUACAGUUAAGAGAGAAAAUGUAAGCGAGAAUGAGAGUGAAAGAAAGUAAGAGAGAAAAAUAACGCAUCAGCAUAAUUUAUAUUAUUUAAAUUUAUCACCUCUGUAUUCUCAUUUAUUUAUUUUCAUUUAUUAAAAAAAAUUUUUUAAAUUAUUCAGUACACAUAACAAUUUAUUGUCCUGAAAAAAAAAUUAUUUUUUCAUCCACUAUUAUUUUUUUUUUAAUUUUAAUGUUUGUUUUUUACGAGUGUGAAUGUACCAGACAUCAAACAAAUUUAAAAUUAUCAAUAAGUAGAGUAAAUAAUUAAAAAGAAAUAUUUAUAAAAAAUGCACUUAUUAAUUUUUGAAUUUUUUAAAUGCCCAUUUUUUCAAAUUUAAUUUUAUCAAUUACUCUAUUUAUUUAUAAUUUUAAAUUUGAUAUCUGCUACAUUCAUACUUAUAAUUUAUUUUAUUUUUUUUUAUUUCUAAAAUAAGUGAGUCCAUAUGCAACAAAUUAAGAAGAAAAGUCGACUGUGUAAAUAUUGUAUUAAAAAAAAAUUUUCCUAAACAUUUUAGUAUGCAAAUACUUAUGAUUCUGAAGUUAUUCGACAUCUAAUAAUUUUAUGACUUUUUCAAAAAUGAUUCAAAAAAAAUAUUGUAAAAAAUUGCACCUAUAGUUGUUUUAAUUUUCUACAUGUGCAUAGUUUUAUUUUUUUUUUUUUUUUGUAAUUGAUGUGAAAAUUUUUAAUUGUCAAGUAACUUCAGGACCAUAAAUACUUACAAAAAAUAACAAAGCGCUCGGCAAAAUAAAUAUUUAAAAAAAGGCGAGUUUAAAUUAUUGGUGAUUGAAAGGCUGGAAAAAAAUUUGAAUAAAAAGUGUAAGGUCCCUGAUUAGUUUGUACCAAUCUUAAAUUAUUGUGUAUCUCUUAUCACUUAUGCAAUAUACAUAUUUAUUAAAAAUAACUAAACAGGUUCUAAUAUUAUCUGCUGUAGCAAAUUGUAAUUAAAUGUCAUUUUUUUUCGAAAAUUUUAAUGUAUUGUAAGUCAACCGAUUAUUUAUCCUGCCAUUUUCAUACAUAAUUAGUUGCACAUAUCAAUUUUUAGUGAUUUAUAUUAUUGAAAUGUCGAAAAUUAUUACUAUUAAUAAUUUUAAAAAAUAAUUGUCAGACAUUUUUGAUGAAAAUAAAAAU